UCCAUAGAUCGUUAAUAGCCCCAAGCCUAUGAUGUAGAACAUGUUACAGCACAAAUACAAUAUUUGUUUCUAAUACAAAUAUAAAUGACACAGUCCCCGUUAUAUCAAUCUAUUGAAAAUGAAAAAUGGGCCCUAGUUGUAACCACGUUGUCCGUUGGGGCCGCAUUUUCAAGAAUAGAGACUGAUCAACGGGCGGUCAAUGAUUGUUCGCUUGUCCCGACGUGCCAAUGAUUGAUUCCCAACUGCCCCGUUCGAAAAUGGGUGAAUCAACACUUUCUGUCAAACACAGUAAGUCACCACUCGAAGGGAUUGAAGAUCUGGAGAACCUUCCCACCGAGACCUCAGUAGAGUUGACACGUCUUCUCUUCAAGGCCAGCUCCUUCUCAACACGGAAAGCUCACCCCCCGAGCUGCCCAUACGACCAUCUUCCUCUUCAUAGAUGAGGAAAGGAAUCCAUCACAAAGUGGAAAAAAGAGUAAUGUGCCAAAGACAAUGGCUGAUGUGGUCAUGAUGGCAAGAUCUAUGAUGGAAAGAAAGAAAAAGAUGCCAGUAGCAGUAUCAAAGGAUUCCCCUGGUAGAUUUGUAGGGCAGUUCUCUCCUCACACUGCUGGGUUGUUAAAAAUCGAGAGGAUUGGUGUUAUAUCUGUGUUGGAAGACUGCACUGAUCAACUAAGCAUUUUGAGGAAAAUAAAUGCAACAAGAAAUUUCCCAGCUGACAUAAAAUAUAGGAGUCUGAAAGAAUGGAUAAGACUUGAAGAGGUUCUGCAUAUAGUCAUGGAUGAGCUAACAUUUCAGAAUUCCUUUAAGACUCUAGUGGAAAUAUCAAAGUUUGAAGAACAGAAACAAAGUGAAGAGGCAGAACUUAGAAGUAUAGAAAAGAAAAAUGUGAAGAAAAUUAAUAAUCUUCACAUGAUGUUGAAAACAGAGUUUAAGAAAGGCAUGGAUGAAUUAAAUGAGAGACAUGACACUGUGGCAAGGCUGAAAGAUCAAAUUCAAGAGACACUAUUCAUGAAUGAUCUGAAAUUCAAAUAUGUAUCUAAAUGGGAGGCAGCACGUAUAGAACAGAACUGUGAACGGCUGUCUCUUUCUGAAAAAAUACUAGAAGACCAGCUAACAGACCUCAAGGACAACAUAGACAUGGAGAUGAGGUGCCAUGUUGAAAUUGAAAUGUACAUGAAGCACGCCACUACGAAUUUAGAAAAAGAAAUUAAAAACUGGAUGGAGAAGUAUGGCAGUGAACUGGAAGAAAGAGCAGCUGACUGCCAAAAGCUGCAGGCAAAACGAGCAGUCACAUGCAAAGAACUCGAAGAUCUGCUCUCAUUGUAUCAACAGCAUCAAAAUGAAAUAGAUGCAUACCUGGCACACAAAGAAAAAGAGGCAGCUAAAGCUGCACACGAGGCCCACCUCUACUGCAUGGCGACUGUCAUUCAAGCUUGGUGGCGUGGUACUAUGGUUCGGCGAGGACUUGGGCCUUACAAAAAGAGUAAGAAGGGCAAAGACAGAAAGGGAAAGGCUAAAGGUAGAAAAGAAGGGAUAAAGAAGAAGAUAUAACAAGUAA